AUGGCUGGUGCUGCAAAUGUAGCAGAGGAGUCGCUAUCAGAGUAUCUGACCCGCUUUUGGCGCGCAAAUGCAUCUAUCUUUAUGCGUUGGUUCCUAUCACUACCGUACGCUGGUCAACUCUCGAUUUUGCGAAACGCAUCGCCCGAUAUUCCGCUGUCGUAUGAUCCCAAGGAGUCGCGCCCGGAGGCCACGCAACUUCUGACGCCGGAACUAACGAUCAGGGCGUUACUGGAAGAAAAUGGCAAGGUAUUGCUGCGGCUUAUGAAUGCACGUGCCACUAGAACUGAUCAGUGUAGCCGCCACGACUUGCUGUACCUUGCGUCGCUGCGUGCUUCUGGUGUUAUGCCUACGUUCUCAGGCGAUACGUUCAUGCAUGUCUCCUUGGCAUUUAUUGAUUUAGCAGAUCCGGAGUAUAAAGUGCAGUCUCUUUUGCCUUCAGCAUCUCGUGAAGUUAUUGAAGAAAAAAAGGGAUUGAUCAAACAGGGUAAACUCAUGGAAGCGGACGUAUGGCUUACGUUGCAGAUGCGGCAACAAGUGAUUUUGACGUUGCUUACAAAUGUGGCACAUACGUUCGAAAGUAUGUUCCUGAAACAAAACAUGAUUGGAGACGUCAGUGAAGCUAAAGUUGGCUGUCGAUUUUGUGGUGCGUCGACGCGGAAGAUUGAAAGUGCAGAGAGCGCUUCAACCUUGCUACAGUGUUCCUGCGAAACAGCGUUUUACUGCUGUAAAGAUCAUCAAAAAGAAGACUGGAUGAAUCACAAAACUCUCUGUAAGAGCAUACGUAAGGACGCUAAUAGUGCGAAGAGUGUGGAAGCGAAGUAA